AUGCUGAUGGAAGCGAAGGAGCAAGUGGCCCCUGAGCACGACCCUUUCGAAGUUGUCGACCGACAAAGAGAUGUUCCCAACAUCCUUGGCCAGGUCCUCCAGGAAGCUGCGCCUGGAGGGCAGGUGUACAAGGUACGACUUCAUGUUACGAACCUGGCGGCUGCCUGUCCUGCGAAUAUUGUCCUGUCGACCUGGAAAGAUUUUGUUGUCGACGGUCGUAUGAGGCGACCAUUAAUAGCGCUGAGCCUGGGUCCCGGCUCUCCAGGAGGAGUCCCCGAGACGGCCAGCGCGUACCUCAACGACCGGAAAGCGUCCCCAUGCCUCUUUGGGCCCUUGUACGACAACUUGUCUCAGGAGACACCACAGCUUCCGCAGCCACCUGACGACGACUCUCUGCUCUCCCCAAAGCUGCCCGACAGAAAUACGGAUAGCAAUCAACCCAAAAAGCGAACGAAAGGGUUGCCCGUCGAGCAACUCGUUUACGAGUACAUUUUCCCCAAGCCUCGUGCCAGCGAUCCUCCCAACUUCCAUGCCUUCCUCGAACGGAAUUUGAUCAUCGAGGUCCGCUCCGAGGUCCAUGCCUUCUACGGCCACCUCGACACCCAAGAGGCCAAGUACCCCGGCCUCGACUACUGCCAUCCCAUCCAUCGCGUCCGCCUGGGUCGCUGGCCCUGGCACCGCCGUCUGUUCCGCGCCUUCGACCACCUGCGCCUUACCCCCCACGAGAUAGCCAACCUCACCAAAUGGGAAGGCACCAAAUGGGCCAAGGAGCGUUACGAGAAGGAACAGGGCAUCACCAUCCGCGACACCGCCGGCGACGACAUUGCCGAGUGGGUUGAGCCAGAGGACCGACCUGCCGCCACCACCACCACCUCGCGCAGGGGCCUGUCAGCCGAAACCGAAGCCGACGUGAACCCCGCCUCGGACGACGAAGAAAUGAACGAAGACGAGACCGAAGACGAGGACGAGGAGCGGGAAGAAGACGAAGAGAUGGUGAGCGUCGGGACCGCGCUGAACGAGAGGCUGAGGGAACGCGUCGCCCGCCGGGAAGCCGGCGACACGACCACCGUCCUAGACGAGGAGUGGGAGCAGUGGCUCAAGAACGCCAUCGAGUCGGGCGAGUUUCCCUUCACCGCCAGCCAGAUCCUGCAGCAGUCGAGCACGAGCCACCCCGCCGUCUUCCCGCAAGCCCUCCUACCCACGCGUAUGCUCGAUGCCGCCCGCGCCGGCCAGUGGAGCGAAGUCCCCGAAGUCCUCCACGAGAUCAUCCGCCACUCCCUCAUCCACCACUCCGAAGAAGACGCUACCGCCGCCGCCGCCGCCGCCGCUUCUGCCGAUAUGCCGCCUCUGACGCGCGCCCCGCGCCGCCCCAACGACGAACCGCAGUCGCAGUCGCAGUCGCAGACGCAGACGCAGACGCAGACGCAGUCGCAACAAACUACCAUCACCAUCACCACCUGGCGGCCCACCUACUCCGAGCUGCGCCUGCCGGGCCGCGACACCACCGUUCAUCCCGCCUCGGAGCUGAGAAUUCACCGGACUGCCCCGGCUCCUGGAGCAUAG